UUGGUGCUGUUGGGCUUCAGGGAAAUCUAGUCUUGUUGUUUCGUCUUCUACGGUGGGUUUCAGUUCCAAACGCGUACUUCUGCCCGGCACAUCAUCGUUUUUCGAGUCGCGAUCCACGUGCCAGAAUGCUUUCUCUGCGGUCAUACGUGAUUCGGGUUGUUUAAUUCGCGGACGUUCGUAACAUUACCUUGACGGUCUUUUUGCGCUGAAUGGUGUAAUUAUUCUGUAAUUCGAACAACCAAGUGUGACUUCUAUUGGGUUGAAAAAAAGUUGGAGUAACAAAGGUCAAGGUUGCCGUCGAUGAUUGAAAAUUGGCCAAGUGUAUGAAAUACUGAGAGCAACUGAUGCGCAGUGGAAGACGGAGUGAAAUAUGUGACUACACUAUGCAAGCAUUUGAAAGUGAGCAAUGAAGAAGCAAUAGUUUGAAUCUAUUGAAUGGUUGUUGCAGACAAAAACCGCAUCGCAGUGAUUAAUGCGUGUAGAGCAUAAGUGAGACUGCCGUUUAGCGUGGAGUGAGAGCAAAAGUGUUGCACACGCUAUUUCCGGAUGAGUUGCUGGAUGGUGCAUGGGAAUGCGGUGAACUGAAUGUUUACAUAAAAACGACAAAAAAGCAUUAAGGUGUGAAAAGUAUCCAAAGAAGAUAGAAACCAAGACCACGAUAAAAACUAAAGAAUAAAGAGAAAUAGACCGUACACAAUGUUAAAAUGAUUACAAUAAAAAAUAAACAUAAACAUAUAGAAAAAAAUUUGCAACCACAUGAAUAAUUCUAAUUUAUAAAGCCAGGAAUGCCUAAUUGCAACGUUAAAUGCUGAAUUUUGUUGAAACUGUGAAAUUUACUAGUUAUUCCACCUGGAAAGCGUUGAAUGCAGAUAAACAGCUGAUUGCUUGCGUAGCCAUAUAGCAUCGCUGCAGAGGUGUUGGAAGGAACGUGAAUAGCAAACGGAUGGUUAGCCGCCUAUCUUGAUAUAUUGAAAAGUGCAGCGGAAAACAUUGGUGCUGACUGACUGACUAGCGGAAGGGAAAGUUUGGAUGCGGCGUCGGCGGCGAAUACUUCGGUGAUCAUGAGGCGUGAGAACGGAUGGCGCAAGCGGUUUUAUAUUUGCGGGCUUAUACUGCUGCUGUUCCCAGACUUGAUACGGUCCAACGAUGUUAGCGAAAUUUUGGAGUCGCGAAUACUUAACGAAACGCGCAAUUCAGAUCAAGCGACCACCGUAGAAAGUAUUCAUACAACAAAGACGAUCGAGGAAAUUACCGACAAUAGUAUUCUGAUUAGUGCUACUUCAAGCUCAUCUCUCCCGGAAAUUGUUUCACCAGAAGAAAAUUCGUCUGUAUCGUCCAUAGAAGAUGAAGAAGGCUUAACUAAUGAAACGAUUGAGCUGACUUCUGCAUCAAGCGAAAAUGAAAUUGGGAUCUUCAUCCAGUAUAAUCAAACCGAGCCGGCUAUACCAGAUGCUGAUACAACUUCGUGGACAUCAUUGUCGAAUUGUUCCAAUUACACCGUCCACAAAAAUGUCGUUGAUUUGUCCAUCGACGGUGGCUAUAGCUAUGUGAGACAUCGGGAGCGCAGCAAUUGGCGCCGCGGCAAUCAACGGCUGGACUCAAGUGGCGAUCAUGACACAGCAGAACCUGAAAGUCACAAUCGUACCUUAAUGGACACCGCCGCCGUUUCUCAAGUGGUUUACUCGCUCGAUGGGGACUUCUCCGUUUCGUUGAUUACCGACCGGGACGAUUUCGGUGCAAGCCUGUUUACGGUGGAUCGUAUCAACAAGCUUCAAUUGAUUAAUGAUAAUGGCACUUUAGGUCUUCGAGUGGUGGUAGUGCAAAAUGUGACCCAUGCGCCGCAGAUAUUGCGAGACGAAGUCAGUUAUCUGAAAGAGUGCCUGGCCAAUUCUGUAGGUAUCUUCAUAGAUCCGUCCAUAUGGCCAGCGGUACAGUCGAUCGUUGAUUCGUUGGACUACAAUAUCUACCCAUUUCCGUCAUCCAACGAUCUACUGUACUCCAAGGCUGCCCAUCUUCUCUACGAACUUCCGUGGUCCAAUCCGAACUCGUCGAUUGCGGUGCGAUCGGAAUCGGCCGAAACCUCCAACAAGUUUACCGCCAUCUGCCGGCAUGAGCAUCUAUGUUUGGAAAACUUCCCCAGCGACCACACCAUUUUCAUCAUUCUGGGGCUUACUCGAUCCGUGAGCUUUGCAACGAAUGGAACGUUGAUCGUUGUGUUGUCUGGUCGUGAUAUGCUUUUUGUAUCAGAUCUUCCCAACGAAUCUUACAUAAUCACUGAAAAUGAAAUCAACUUGCCAUGGACGGAAGAUAGCGAUCGCUACGGAUCAAACAUUUUAGCCAGUGAUGUCCUUUCAUCGGGUUCGGUAUUUUUGGAGUUAGUGGAGCUGUUGAACUUACACACAAAAGAAUUUUGUUCGGAAAUCGAUCAAUCGUUAUGCUCACAUCUAAAUGCCACUUUGGAUAAUUGGCAGUACUACGCUAAGCUCCCAUCGCAGAAAAUCAUUUCGAUGCUCAAAUUACAAAACUUUACGCAGUCAAUGACGUUCGAAAUGCGCCAAAAGUUUAGUUCAAAGGCAAAUAGUAGCGAAGAAAUAUUGGAUUUGAAGCCGAUAGCAAGCUCCAACAUGGUAACUAAUGUUACAACACUUUAUCAUCUGAAUGAGUACAAGCAUCAAUCCGCCGAAUCCCUGAAACUGGGAAACAUUUUCUUCUGUAGCAAGGAGUUUGAAAUUCGCCAUCCAGACUAUAUUGAACAUCGUCGCCCGAUCUACCAUGGAAAUGAUUACUACGAAAUGUAUUGGCAGGUCAAACAAGAAGCUUGGGUGGCAGCGGGACUUACCAUUGCCUCUCUUGGAAUUCUUUUUUGUCUAGCCAUUCUAAUUUUCUUGAUCGUUCGCGUCUGCAUGGAUGAUGUACUAGAAGGAAAUCCACUGAGCAGUAUACUGCUACUGAUAAGCUUGAUAUUCCAGUUUGCCUCAUUUCUCCCGUUUAGUCUCGAAUACACAGGUUAUAUGCCUGAUCUUCUACACAAAGCUGACACUAUCUACACGUGGAAUACUUUAUGUACGGUCAAGAUCUUCCUCCUAUCAGUAUGCUAUUGUACAACAUUUUCGUUGCUGUUGUGUCGUGCGAUAAUGCUAGCGUCAAUCGGUAGCGAAGGAGGAUUCUUAUCGCAUGUGAACGGAUAUCUGCAGAGUGUGAUUUGCAUUUUCAGUACCUUGGUCCAGUUGGGACUCUCUACGCAACUGGUUAUCGUCUUGCACGCAAGCUCACACAACAUUUCUUGUAACGAAAUUUACUACGGAAACUGGUUCUGGGCGACUAUUGCCUACGAUGGAAUACUCCUGGCAGCGUUGAUCGUCCUGUCGCCGUAUAUUUUUAGAUCUCAAAGAAACUAUCGGGAAGGAAUGCUAUUAGUUACAGGAUCUAUCCUUUGCUUAGUGAUAUGGACAACGUGGAUACCACUCUGUGUAUUUGGCUAUGAAUGGCGUGAAGCUGCUGUUUCCUUAGGGUUGGUAGCAACUGCUCUUGCCGUUCUGGUGGGAGUUAUGAUUCCAAGAUGUUUCCUGAUGGUUCGAAGCAUCGCUCGUUCCGAUCUUGUACAAGCGCUUCCAUCGCUCACAUCACUAGCCUUUGCUCAAGCCAACCAAUACAUUUCCGAACAGAGUGUUUACGAGUGUGUAAAUCCGGCAAUGCGCCAACAGAGAUCCGCAACUGCGGAGACAUUUAUGGAGCACGAGAUCGAUGAACCGUACUUGGCGACGAGCGAAAUUCCGACCCUUCCGCUCAGAGGUAACCGCCGGAACAACUAUCUUCAACCGGAUUCGAAUGGCAAUGGAAUUAACGUCGAUUUUUACGGAAUAAGCAAUCCAUACAGCUGUUCGGAUUCGAUCGCAUCCGAACACUCGCCGAACAAAAACACACGUUUCUAGAACUGCUGAUUUCGUUUAGUAUUUUUCAUUUAUGUGAGAAUGACAUUCCAAAGAUAUUAGGGACUGUUAAGGAUUGUACUACUCGAAUAACUGUAUGACCUUUUGAUCUAGUCAACGUAACUUAAUGCCUUAUUUAAGUGUAAACCCGAUUUCUCGUUUAUUUAUGUACAUUUAGGAAUAAAGCAAGAUGAAGUAUUGAAA